CCCGUCAAGGUAACACCUCCGCUCGUUCUCUCCGCGGACCGAGGAUGUCGACUUUCGUGGAGCAAGUAGGGUCGUUUUUCUAUAUCAUUAACCCAAACACCACGACCUUCGAGCAUGUGGAGGAGGUUCCGAACUAUGUCAAUGACGCUGUUCCGGUGUUCAUAUCUUUCCUCGUCCUUGAAUUUCUCUUGGGACUAGCGACGGGGAAGCAGACGGCGAGGUUCAGUGACGGAAUCACCUCUCUGGGUCAUGGCCUCGUCUACGAAGCUUGCAAGCUCCUCACUCGUGGCUUCGAACUGUGGGGUUACUCUUGGCUCUACGAAUAUCGCCUUAUUGACUUAGAUUGGUCUUCCCCCGUAACCUGGUGGGUGGCGGCCAUAGGGGUGGAUUUUGUUUACUACUGGACCCAUAGAGCGACUCAUGAAAUCGACUUCAUCUGGGCGGCCCACCAAGUCCACCACUCUUCCGAGGACUACAACUUCACCACAGCAAUACGCCAGUCGAUGUUCCAGAGGCUCUUCGCCCUCGGAUUCCACCAGCCGCUCGCCCUGCUUGGGGUUCCUCUGCCUGCGGUCGUCGUGCACAUGCAUUUCAACCUCCUGUUCCAGUUCUGGAUCCACACCGAGCUGGUGGACGACUGCGGGCCCCUGGAGUGGGUGUUUAAUACCCCCUCGCAUCACAGGGUCCAUCACGGCGCCAACAAGUGGUGUCUGGACAAGAACUACGCCGGCGUCCUCAUCAUCUGGGACCGAAUCUUCGGAACGUUCGAGAAGGAGAGAAGGGACGAGAAAAUUGUCUACGGACUCGUGGAUCAGCCGCAGUCUUUCAAUGUCAUGUGGCUUCAGUUCUUCUACUUCGGCGAGGUCCUGACGAAGGCGCGGAGCAUGAGCAGCUGGGGCGACUCCCUGAGGGCGGUGUUCUACGGGCCCGGCUGGGUCCCCGGGGCGCCUCGCCUGGGGGACCCCGACGGCUUCCCGGACGUCAAGGCCCCCCGGGUGAAGUACGACCCCCAGAUGCCCCUGCUGGAUAAGGUUUACGUGGGCACGCACUUCUUCGUGGCCCUGAUCAUCCAGCAGGUUUUGACGGUGAAGCUGGCGACUUUCAACUGGCUGACGAUCCUCCUGUUCGUCGCCUUCAUCCUCGUCUCCAUCGGCAUCAUCGGCGCCAUGUACGACGGGUGGUGGUGGGCGCCCCUGCUGGAGGCCGCCCGCUGCGCAGCCUACGUCGCCUACGCCCGCAGCACGCCCGUCACGGACUACCCUCUCGUGGACGCCGCCCUUCUGGUCUACUUCGCUGCCUCGACGCUCAUGUGGACGUCUCGGAGCCUCGCGGUCGUCAGGGCAGGGAUCAAGACUGCGAAGCUGGAGUAGAUGGCGGAGGGAGGAGGAGGAGGAGGGGAGGGGGGGGGG